UCAUUGUAGUGAAAUAUUUUUCAUCAGUCGAAAAUUCUCCAACAUAUAUUGAUUCAUUUUGAGUGGUUGUGUCACACAACUGAAUCUAUUUUCAACUUAGGCUAAAAAUUUUCUAGUUAGUGGAAUUUUCACUUUGAAACAUCAGAGGACUUUGUGUAAUUAUGAUUGUUAGGACAGAUCUGAAUGUUAUGAGGCUAUACAGGAUAUGGUUAUUAAAGUUAAAUAAGGUGAAUUUAGGUCUACUUGUAUUGACGAUAUUAUUUCUACCUUACUGUUCUGCAAAUAUGGCUCCAUCGAUGGAAAGAUGGUCAGGAAAAGUAGCUGUUGUAACUGGAGCUAGUGCUGGGAUAGGAGCUUCUAUUGCCGAACUCCUAGUUGAGAAUGGAAUCAAGGUUGUUGGGUUUGCAAGAAGAGUUGAGCUAAUCACUGCACAUGCGGAGAAAUUGAAAAACAAGAAAGGUUCACUUCAUGGAAUGAAGGUUGAUUUAACUAAAACCCAGGAAAUUAUAGAUGCCUUCAAGAAGGUUGAAGAGGAGUAUGGACCCGUCAGUAUUUUAGUCAAUAAUGCUGGAGUUUUUGAACAGACAACUUUGUGCGAUGGUGGCGACAUUGAAAAAUGGAAGAAGACCUUUGAAAUCAAUGUUAUUGCUCUCUGUAUAGCCACUAAAGAAGCUGUGGCCAUAAUGAAGAAACACAAGAUAAAUGGCCAUAUAAUACACAUAAACAGCGUUGCCGGACAUAGACCAGUAAACUUUGUAGGGGAAAAUGUAUAUCCUGCUUCUAAAUAUGCUGUAACAUCACUGACAGAGUCUUUGAGAUACGAAUUGUUGAAAACAGGAACUAAGAUCAAAGUAACAAGUAUAAGCCCAGGACUAGUGAGAUCCACAGAAAUAUUCAAAGCUGCUGGUGCUGAAAUUAAAGGUACAGAAGUGGAAGGUAUCGCUCUCAACCCUGAAGAUGUCAGCUACGCUGUAAUUUAUGCUUUGUCAUCUCCACCCCAUGUUCAGGUACAUGAAGUCACGUUGAAGCCAAUAGGAUCCGAUAUAUGAAAUAGUAAUAAUAAUAAUAAUGAAGGCUUUCAUUCUGCGAACAAAAUACAUAUUCUCUUGGAGAAUGGUGCAUGCAGGCCGGAUGCACUGUUCUAUCUAACCCUGGAUUCAUUGAUGAUCUUUUCCCAUUGUGGAACUUCUAUGAUAUAUAAAGAAUAAAAUAUUGUAACAAAGAA